AUGGCAAUGUUGUCCAAGGAAGGCAAUGGCCGUGUCAAAUUGGUGCUUAAGAAAAUGAAGCCAUAUGCGGCCAUGGUUUUCCUUCAGUUCAGUAUUGCUGUAAUGUACGUUAUUUUAAUGGCGACUCUUAAGGAAGGCAUGAACCAGUCCGUAAUGUUCGCGUAUCGUAGCCUUGUUGCUACUACUUUCAUUGCGCCAUUUGCACUCUGGUUUGAGAGGAAUGGGAGACCUAAGAUGACACUCAUCAUCUUCGUCAAGGUCGCAGCUCUAGGAAUACUUCAGCCUGUUCUGGAUCAAAACUGCUACUUAUUGGGAGCUAAGCUGACCUCAGCAGGCUUUGCUUCUGCUCUUGAAAACAUUAAUCCUGCCAUUACUUUUGUCAUAUGCCUUCUUCUAAGGAUGGAAAAAUUAAACAUUAGAAGGAAGCAGGGCCUCGUCAAGGUCAUUGGCGCCAUCUUGGGUGUAAUUGGUGCAAUUGUAAUGAUUUUGUACAAAGGACCUAUUGUGGAAUUUUUCUGGACAGAAGGAAGAGAGAACCAUAGCGAGGUAGCUACGGCAAAUGAUGAAGCAGGGAACAGCACUAGAUGGAUUAAGGGCACAUUGAUAAUUUUUAUUAGUUGUCUCAGCUGGUCCUCCUUCAUCAUCCUCCAAGCAAACACAUUGAAAUCAUACCCUGCACAACUAAGCCUCACAGCAAUGGUUUGUUCAUUUGGUGCGGUAAUAAACGGUGUGAUUGCUCUUGUGGUGACGCAUGGAAGUUUUCGGCCAUGGAUUUUAGGGUGGGAUUUGAGGCUUUUUGCUGUGAUCUAUUCGGGUUUGGUAGGCAAUGCGUUUUGGUACUUCAUGCUUGGGGUGGUGACGAAGGAAAAGGGUCCAGUUUUUGCAAGUGCCUUCAACCCUCUUACAAUGAUCAUGACUAAUGUCUUGAGCUCCACCUUCCUAGCAGAAAAGAUUGUCCUUGGAACGAUUAUAGGUGCAAGUAUCUUGGUGGCUGGCAUGUACUUCAUUUUAUGGGGCAAAAGCAAGGAUUUUGCGGUUGGGUUGGAGCGUGUAAAAAGUAUUGAGGAACCCAAACUACCUAAUGUGCCAGAGGCAGGUUAUAUUAUUAAGGAGAAUGCUAAUCAUUAUCUUGGAAUCUGUCUCCACUAUCAUAUUACAAAACUUGGCCUUGCUUGCAAUCAAGGUGACCCAAAAGAUAGCCAAUGCCUCAGCUUCCAGAGCAAUGCCUCAGCUUCCAGAGUUCAGCUUCCAGAGUAUCAGCAGCAAAAACAGGAGUCUGGUAAUAAGACAACAAGAAGGACCUCUCAAUCCCUUCAGUUUCAGAAUGUCAUGAAUUGGGAGGCAUUUAGAGAAGAUUCUCCAACAGCAAAAAGACAUAGAGUGAGAGAGGAAGUUAUUCCGAAUGGAUUUCCCCCAGAGACAGUUCUCACCUUGAUGAAGUUGGGAAUAAAUGUAAGCAGUAGUAGACUGGGAAACCCCUUGUUUGGAAGUGAGUUUGUCCUUCUUAGUAGUAUCCACAAGAAUGUUGUUAAUAUUUUUAAUGGUAUAGUUAUCCAGUAUGUUGUUUAA